AUGCACUUACAGUUAACACCGACAUUAAGUGGGAAUGUAAAGAGAAGACCUUUCCGCUUUGAAGCAGCUUGGUUGAGCCAUGAAAGUUUCAAAGAUCUAAUCUCGGCGUCUUGGGAUAAGAAUAUUGAUACUAGACAGGCCCUCAGAAAGUUGGAGAGUGUGUUGCGAAAAUGGAAUAGAGAGGUGUUUGGGGAUGUUCAGAGGAGGAAGGAAGCAAUUUUAAAACGGAUACAGGAAGUCCAAGAGGAACUAGAGCAUCACCAGCCAGAUGUGUUGCUACGCAGGGAGGAUGAGCUAGUCAAAGAGUUAGAUGCAGUGCUGGAGCAAGAGGAGAUGAUUUGGUUCCAAAAGUCAAGGGAGAAGUGGAUGGCCCAUGGUGAUAGGAACACUACCUUUUUCCACACGUCUACUAUUGUGCGCAGAAGGAGGAAUAGGAUUGAGAUGUUGAAAAAUGAGGAGGGUGUGUGGCUCUCGGAUGCAUUGGAGUUGAAGAGGCUAGCGAUUGAGUACUUUCAACGCCUGUAUUCACUACAUGACGUUGACUUGGUGGUGGACACACUAACCAACGAAGGCUUCGUAGAUUUGACGAGCGAGGAUCUUCAAGGGGUUGAGACUCGAUUUAGUGAAGAGGAGGUGGUAAGAGCAGUCAGGUCCAUGGGUCGUUUCAAGGCUCCAGGCCCGGAUGGAUAUCAACCAGUAUUCUAUCAACAGUGUUGGGAUGAGGUGGGUGAGUCUGUUGUGAGAUUUGUGAUGGAGUUCUUCCGCAGCGGAGAGUUACCACCAGAUACGAAUGACGCGAUUGUGGUUCUGAUACCCAAGGUCGAGAGUCCGGAGAAGAUUCAACAGUUUCGCCCUAUUAGCUUGUGUAAUGUUCUCUUCAAGAUCAUCACAAAGACUAUGGUGGGACGGAUGAAGCGAGUCAUGACGAAGUUGAUUGGCCCUGCACAGUCUAGUUUCAUACCAGGGAGACUUAGUACUGACAACGUGGUCAUCGUACAAGAAGCAGUACACUCAAUGAGAAGGAAAAAGGGAAAGAAAGGGUGGAUGCUUCUCAAAUUGGAUCUUGAGAAAGCUUAUGACCAGAUUAGGUGGGACUUUCUGGAGGGUACUAUCAGAGCAGCCGGCCUCUCAGAGAAGUGGGUAAAGUGGAUUAUGCAAUGUGUUGCCGGUCCAUCUAUGAGUUUGCUUUGGAAUGGAGAGAAGACGGAAUCUUUUAAGCCAUUGAGAGGGCUUCGUCAGGGAGAUCCAUUGUCUCCAUACCUAUUUGUACUGUGUAUGGAGAGACUUUGUCAUUUGAUAGAACAGGCUAUGGAUACGAAGCAAUGGAAGCCAAUAAGCCUAUCGCGAGGAGGCCCGAAGCUAACUCACAUAUGCUUUGCAGAUGAUUUGAUUCUUUUUGCUGAGGCAUCUGUGCAGCAGAUUCGAGUAAUAAGGCGCGUGUUGGAGAGAUUUUGUCAAGCGUCAGGUCAGAAAGUGAGUCUUGAGAAAUCUAAGAUUUUCUUCUCGGACAAUGUUUCCAGGGAGCUGAGUGAGGUGAUAAGUCUUGAAAGUUGUAUUCAAGCUACAAGGGAGUUGGGCAAAUACCUGGGAAUGCCAAUCCUGCAGAAGAGGAUAAAUAAAGAAACGUUUGGCCCCGUGCUGGAACGAGUCUCUUCGAAAUUGGCGGGUUGGAAAAGUAGAAUGUUGAGCACAGCCGGUCGAAUCACACUAACCAAGGCGGUUCUGAGUUCAGUUCCUAUCCAUACUAUGGGUGAAAUUAAGAUGCCGGAGUCAACAGUCAAGAGCCUGGACAGAGUAUCUCGUGAUUUUGUGUGGGGAUCCACGCCGGAGAAAAGGAAGCAGCAUCUCGUGAGUUGGGAUAAAGUAUGUUUGCCACGAUCUGAAGGCGGGUUAGGAAUCCGAAAGUCAGGAAUUAUGAACGUUGCUUUAGUCGCAAAAGUCGGAUGGCGAGUUCUUCAUGACAAGACCAGUCUUUGGGCACAGGUGCUUCGAAGUAAAUACAAAAUUGGAGACUUACAGAAUAGAAACUGGCUGAGGGUAAAGGGGACAUGGUCUUCUACCUGGAGAAGUAUUGCGUUGGGAAUCAGGGAGGUGAUCUGUCCAGCGCAUGGAUGGGUGAUAGGUAAUGGAAGAAACAUUAACUUUUGGACUGAUAGGUGGCUUAUGGGCAAAUCUCUGAUAGACACGGUGAGUACUAGGGUCCCAGAGUCGGCUCUUGCCUUGAAAGUAGGAGAUCUGUGGGUUAACGGCAGUGGGUGGGAUUUCAACUAG